UGUGCUGACUUUACUGGAACAUUCUAGACGAGAGUAAAGAUCUGCGCGACUUUGUCCAGAUACCUCCAACGUAGCAUAAAAUCAAGUUGGAGAAACCGAGAACAAGGCAGGGAACCACACAUUCCCCUGCCUCCGGGGCUGGGGUGGCCCUAGAUCCUAAUAGCGAGUGUUGCUCCCAGGCCGGGGACCGCGCAGCACCCUGUCGCCCCUGGUAGAGCAGGAGGGCGGGGAGGGCGGCGGGUUGGGGCGGGGCGCGGUGACAGCAGAACAGGGCCCGCCCCCGGCUUCCCACCCGCGGCCGCCAGGGAACUCGCCAAGCCCCGCGUUCCGCUCAUUGCCGCCGCCCGCGCUCGCGCCACCCCGCAUCCCGGUCAGCAGCCAGCACAGAAGUUCAGGAGACAAAGACACAGCCUCACACAAUGUCCUACAGACGAGAGCUGGAGAAAUAUCGAGACCUGGAUGAGGAUGAAAUCCUGGGGGCCCUCACAGAGGAGGAGCUGAGGACGCUGGAAAAUGAGCUAGAUGAACUAGACCCUGAUAAUGCACUGCUCCCUGCAGGCCUGAGGCAGAAGGAUCAGACCACCAAGGCACCCACAGGCCCCUUUAAAAGAGAGGAGCUUUUGGACCACUUGGAAAAGCAAGCGAAGGAAUUUAAGGACCGAGAAGAUCUGGUUCCCUACACAGGGGAGAAACGAGGAAAGGUCUGGGUCCCCAAGCAGAAGCCAAUGGAUCCCGUGCUGGAGAGUGUGACACUGGAGCCAGAACUGGAGGAGGCCCUAGCAAAUGCCUCGGAUGCAGAACUGUGUGACAUCGCAGCUAUCCUGGGCAUGCACACACUCAUGAGCAACCAGCAGUACUACCAAGCCUUGGGCAGCAGCUCCAUCGUGAACAAGGAGGGGCUCAACAGUGUGAUCAAACCCACACAAUACAAGCCUGUGCCUGAUGAAGAACCAAAUUCAACAGACGUAGAGGAAACGCUGGAGCGAAUAAAGAACAAUGACCCAGAACUAGAAGAGGUUAAUCUUAACAACAUCCGGAAUAUUCCCAUACCCACCCUCAAGGCAUAUGCAGAAGCCCUGAAAGAGAACUCCUAUGUGAAGAAGUUCAGCAUCGUGGGGACCCGCAGCAAUGACCCUGUGGCGUUUGCCCUUGCUGAAAUGCUGAAAGUGAACAAGGUGCUGAAGACCCUGAACGUGGAGUCCAACUUCAUCUCUGGAGCUGGGAUCCUGCGCCUGGUGGAAGCUCUCCCCCACAACACUUCUCUGGUCGAGCUGAAAAUCGAUAACCAGAGUCCAUCGCACUGCCCUGUGUGGCACGAGGUGUGGCCACAGACAGCCGUUUAUUCUGCGGCAUCUCAGGGGCAUCACAGGACGCAGUUAAGAAACAAGGUGGUGGUUCUCCAGUAUUAGCUUGGGAAGAGUCUGCAGAACAGUAAACAGAACAGGAAGUUGCAGAAAAUAAAUAUGAUAUAAAUCUAUUUCAGGGGGAAAGGGCAACAAAACAGCUCAGCCCUGUCUAUUUCUGCCCUGUAUCUUAUGCCCAGAAGCAUAGCCAUGGGCCAUGGUGGCACGGGGGUGGGGUGGAGGGGGGUUACAUCCAUGGACAGGGGAGUGAUAGGAAUGGUGGAGUGGGGGUGGGGGGGUGCUGUGAAGAAGGACUCCACUUCUCUCCAUCCAAUCAUUUGAAUGUUAAAGAUGAGAUUAAUUUAUCCACAAGUGAUUUAUUUAAUCCUCCAGUAAAUCUGAAGAAGGCCAGAGUUCUUCACUGCCCAAACUCUGCCAGCUCAGUCCCAGCCUGGCAGCCCAGCCCAGCCCAGCCCAGCCCAGCCCAGCCCAGCCCAGCCCAGCCCAGCCCAGCCCAGCCCAGCCCAGCUCAGCCCUGCCCAGCCCAGCCCAGCCCAGCCCAGCCCAGCCCUCUCCCUUGGGGCUUCUUAGUGCUUUUUGCCCACUGUCAAAGUCUGAGGUCACUCCUGAUCUUUUGAUUCCACCCAAGCAAGUUAUUCAUAGUAUCACAGCCACAGCCCCAUGGGGUUUUAGAGGUCAUGAAGCCCCAGCCUUCCCCACUAAUGAUGCUGAAGAAGACUCUAGAAAGAGGCAGCUGCCUUCUACUUAGAUGCCUCAGGAGACAAGGGGUCUCCUCCCUCACUGGACAGUCUCUUCACUGCAUGGACUCUCAAUGUCUAUGUCUAUAUAUGUACAUAUGCAUACCUGAUGCCCAUGGAGGCCAGAGGGCACUGGAUCCCCUAGGAUUGGACUUCCAGAGUUGUGUUCAAAUACUUAGUCUACUUCUAAUUUAUUUAUUUGCAUCUUCUUUAUAUAUUCUAGAUACUAGGCCUUACCAGAUACAUUAUACAUUUACAACUUUUUCCAUUCCGUGUUAUCUUUUCCAUUCUGGUGCAUGCAUGCAUGUGUGUGUGUGAGGAUGUGUAUUUACGAGCACAUCUGCCCAUGUGUGCAUGUGUGAACCCAGAUGUCAACAUCAGCUGUCUCUCUAUUGCUCUGUAUCUUUUGAGACAGGGUUUCUUGUUGAAUCUGUAGACAUCACUUUGGUUAGAGUGGUUGGCCUGUGAGCUUUCAGGAUCUGCUGGUUUCUGCUCCUCAGCACUGGGGUUCUGAGCAUGCUCCUUGCUGUGUGUGGCCUUUACAUCAGGGCCUGGCGUCUAAACUCAUGCUUAUGCAGCAAAAACUUUACACCCAGGGCCAUCUUCCUAGCUGGCUUUUUUACUACCACCAUCCAUUUUUUAAUUAUUUGACAGCCUUCUAUGUUUAUAAUGAAUAGUUCUUCUCAUGUCUUCCUGCUCGCUCAGUUCCCUCUGUCUUCCACUGGAAUCUUUCUUUCCAACAUGUCACCUUCCAGCCUUCAUGUCUUCUUUCAGAGUGUGACCCACUGGAUUUAAUUAGAGUAGCUUGCUUGAGUGUAGAUGGGAACUUCUUUGAUAGUGUUCUAUGAGCAUAAACAAUCUACAUGUUGAUGAAAACUAAUUUAUUUAUUUUCACCUUCUGAUGUUUGUGCGAUAGGUGUCACACCUAAAGGACCAUUACUAAGACCACAAACGGUUACAUCAGUGUUUUAAGAGAAUCAUGGUGUUGGUUCUUAUCAUUAGGUCUUUGAUUCGCAGGCCAGAGGAGGCCUUUGGGUGUCCUCUGUCACUCUUCCGGUCUCCACUCAGCACUCAGCGCUGGGGUCACAGACACACAUGGUCAUGGCUGGCUGUUUACAUGGCGCUGGGGAUCAGCUCAGCCCCCUGUGCUUGUAGAGCAAGCACGCUAUCCACUGAGUCACUCCUCAGCCCUCUUGGAGCCAUUGUGAAUUAAUAUUGAUGUAUGUAGUGAAUCAAGGAUCUAAAUUCCUUCUUUUGCUUGUGCCACCACACAGCUUCACUGCAGUUUCUUGGGGCCCCUCUGUAAAGCAGUCCUAGUGGACCUACAGGCUUACAUCUGGACUCCCUUCUGUUUCCUUCAGUGUCAUGUCUGCCUUACACCAGCACCACAAAGUCUUAACUACCAUUUGGAGUCACUUUGAUAUCAGAAGAGUUUGAGUCCUCUAACAUUGUUUUGACCAUUCUGAGACCACUUGCAUUGACAUGUGACUUUUAGAUCACUUUGUCCAUUUCUGGGGGCAGAGGGGGAGACAAAAAAA